GCCAUCUACGUUAAUCGUUAUGUAUGUGCUGCGGACGAUUUUUUUGCGACUGAAAGCUAUAGAAAAUGCUUGAAUCCGAGGAAACGAUGUCCAAAUCUAGUUAUUUGUGAUUUAUUUACUUUCCAGGCCAAGAGCCAGAUUCUGGAAACCAACCUUCAGACAAGCCUGUUCACCACGGAGUUAGCUCCAAUCUCCCUUCCAUCACUCCCUGCUGACCUUUGACCUGACCCCCCGGUGAACUCCGUCCUCUUGUGAAGUAACGUACCACAUCUGAAGAGCCAGCAUGUCUAGUCGAGGGAGCAAAGGGGUGGAGAGAGUUCCCAUCCAGAGCACUGCGGGUGCUAUACCCGUCAAAAAUGACAAAGGUGAAAUUAGUAUGCAGAAGGUAAAAGUCAAGAGAUAUGUGCCUGGUAAAAGACCUGACUUUGCACCUCAGUUUAGUAGCGAUGAGGAUGAGGAGGCUGAGGGACCUUUUAUUGGGAGACGCAAACAGCAUUAUCAGUCGUCAAGGCUCGAUGCUGAAGACGCGAGAAUCAGGAGGUUACGCGUCAGGCAGGAAGAUGAUAGCGAUGACGAAGAAGAUGAGAGUUGGACUGUGCAGUGGAAAGACUUUGGAUGCAACCGCAGCAGGUUACCAUCCUGA